AUGCACUGGAAGUAUGCGAAGCUGAAUCGUGAGGAGUUAAAGGAGCCACACCGCUGUCUUGAAGAGGGGAAGGGAAAUGGGGAUGCGAUGGUCCUGAGUGAGUGCUUGCUUGUGGAUCAGGUGGAUGGCCCUUGGGGAAAGAAUGCAGUGAGUGCAGGGAACCCCUCGAUGACACUACUCAUGUGGGUGCGGGGACUGCGACACACGAUGCCAAUUUUCUCGAGUGUGGGAGGGAGCACGGCGGUGCCGGUGCUGGGCAGUCUCCGCGAGAAAAGUGAGUACAUGACACGGCAGUUGUUGUAUUGA